GCGCGCUGUUAAAAGGCGGUGGCAUCGAGUCGCGGCUGUAGCAGUUACAGUAGCAGAGCAGACAAGAAAGGGAAGCUCAGGCUCAUUCUCAAGUCAGAAUUCUAAUUACUGAUAAUGUCAAACAGAGGGCUUAUUCGAAACAUCCGCAGCCCUCCUCAACCCCCAACACCAAUACUAGCAUGUUCAAAGUUGUUUUUAUGUGUCAUGCCCAUUGUGCAGAUUGCACUUGGCGCUGUACAUCUUGAUGACUGUCCGCGUCAGCACUACAUUCCCAUUUAUUUAAUUGUGGUGGGAGUCUUUAGCCUGGUGCUGGCGGUGCUCUCCUGUCUGCCCUGCGCUCAAAGGUCCGAAGACAGUGCCCCUAACACACUCAGUCAAGUCUGCACGGCCUGGAACUCGUUGACAUCUUGCUUUUUGUUUGGCUGGUUUAUUGCUGGUAAUGUGUGGAUAUACUCUAUUUAUGAGCCUAACUACAACAAGAACACAACCAAUGUGGAUCCCUACUGCGACCGGACACUGUACCUGUUUGCCUUCUGGACCACCACCCUGGUCUACAUCCUUCUGGGUUUGUUCCUGGUGGGCGGCUGCUGCGUGCUCUUCUGCUUCUUUCUGUGUGGCCGAGCCGACCCCGACGACAAUGUCUAGGGACAAACAAAUGAGGAAACAGGAUGCAUCUCAUGAGGCAGAAAACAAUGGGUUGGCUGCUAAAGGUUCAUACAUUGCAACACAAGACUAAUAUGUCAUAUCCUAACACCUAUUAUGUUUAAUAAUGGCACUUCUAGUUGCACAACCUUUGUUUUGGCAGCCCCAGUGGAUACAUGCCUAACUCCAAGAUGCUGUACCUUUUACACUGAUUAUAAUUGUUUGUUUUCUCAAUGCUGAUCCUUUUCUUCCUCAUUGAGAAGAACCUGCAAUACAUUAUUUUUGUUGUAAUCUUCUCUCACUUUUUGUCCAAAAAAUAUGCUGACGUAUUGUUUACAUGUUGAGCCAGGGAUUGGGUUUAAACUUGAUGCAGAGUAAAGAAUUAUAUGGUAAAAUGUCGGUUUUAGUGAAUUAAUUUUGACUUGAUGUUACUCUUUUUUUGGUAUUUUAAUGCUCAUGAUUGUUGACAAUUUGUCAAGUUUUGUAAGAAGUCAAGAUAGUUAUCAAGCACUUUACUGUAAUAGACAGUAGUUUCUCAUACAUCAUAAGCCUAUAUGCAAUACUUUAUUAUGUAUAAUUCAUUGGUUUGUUUCCUGGAGGUUCCAACAUUUUUGA